GCUUUUCAUAGAUUGAUCUCCUGUUUUAUUAUUCAGAGUCGGACUUUUAUUUGAUCAAAAAUAUGUCGGUAAUAUCGACUUCCAAACUACAUGUGAACAAUUCAUGCCAUGUAUGACUUCAUGUAGCCCGCCAACUACCUGGCCGACGCUAACGUUAACCAAACAUGGCUGAUUGUAACUCGUAUUCUUCAGAAACUCUUUUUUCAUUUGAGGUGUUGGUGGAGUAUAUAAAAAUCCACAAACCUGGGUUAGUGAAGAGGGGUUUUGACCCAGCAGUAGGGGUGCGUCUGCUGGAUUUCCCUACUUUGGUUAUUUACCGAGGGGAGAAGGAAGAUUGUGAGCGCCAGGAGGACUCGGAUAGUGAAAAAGAAAACGCGGCGACCGAUAUUUCGAAACAAGAUGCUUUACUUCAUCAGCAACACAUGGAUCGGACCUUAGAAUACCCAUUUAGGAAAGGCAAAUCGUGCUUGUUUAAAAUAAAUCUGGAUUUGCUCCACACGCAUCUGUCUAAUGUGCCUCUCUAUGUCAUGGUUUUGGAUUCAAGAAACGAAAUUCCUAAGUUGUUGGGAAGCUCAAUGGUCUCUCUUGCGAAAACCAUCGACAUAAUCAAAACGGACGUUAAGCAGCUUGGAAUUUGCACUCCGUCCGCGCAGGGUGAAAAGGGAUUAUUCGGUUUAUAUAAUCUGAUGGGCGAGAAAAUAGGCUGCAUUUCUCUGGGAUACAAACUUUUAAGCUUGGGAGCAAGUCUGAUACCACACAUUCCCGAAAGCAGGGUUUUGCAUUUGGGCUCCAGUAGAACUCCUGUUAAACAACCGUUGAAACCCUCUAAUAAUUUUCCGGAAGCCAAUACGUGCAGGGAUGACGUCGAUCUGCAACCCGACUCGUCUAACGCACUUUGCCAGCACAUUGAGUUGGACGGGCAGCGAACGGACGUCGUGGUGUCAGAGACAGAGACGGAGGCGAAGCGGUCAAAGCACGGUGUGUCGACAGGAACGCAAACCGAACCGGCGAGGAGGCGAGUGAAGAGCAUCGAAGUUGAGCAAAGGGACUUCGAUAAGGACGUGAGCCUGAAUGUGUACUGCCCCCCUCCUCUGUACUACAGCCGCCCAGGGGGGAGACAGGAGGAGGAGGAGGCAGACGGAUACAGGCUCGUAGACGUGGCCAUGGACACUCUCACAGUCGAGGAUCUGCAUGAGGAGGAGGAGGAGGAGGAGCAGGGUCUCCCUGUGGAGAGGAGGAGCGUGGCUCUCCCAGAGGAGGUGCGGAGGAGGAGCGCGGUUACGGAACAGUCCCAGGCACCUCCCGCUGUCCUCGGGGAGGCUUUGAGACGGCUGCCUCUGCUGAACGCGCUCCUCCAGGAGCUGUCCCAGUUAAGUGGCCUGCCUCAGGAGCUUCCUGCUCCUGUGUCUGCCCCCGCAGGGGUAGCCUGGGGCCGCCAACCAGCACCCGCGCACCCCCCCAAACCGCACCCCCGCAGCUGCGUCGCAUCACCUGCGUCCCGGGGCAGCAGGUCCCCCAGCCCCCCCCGGCCCAAACGCAGCCAGGCACAGGUAAAUCCGGCGGGUAAAGACCCGGGUAAAGUACAGAGGCAGAGCCUACGCCCAGGGAAGGCGGACGCCCUGAAAUCUCCCCCCAAACGGAAGCUGGUGCACGGGCUGACCCGGACGGUGCGUCUGAGGCUGCAGCAGAACAACCCCGAGGUGCUGAGGGAGCAGGAGCGCCAAGAGCGGGCCUGGAGGAGCCGCGCUGCAGCGCUGAAACAGGCCACCAGGGGGCUCCAUCGGACCGGGUCCGGCGCAGCGAGACCGGGUCACAGGCUGCCCGGCUCCCCCCGAGGCCGGGCCGUGGACCGGAGCGCGAACCUGGACGAGAACGUGCAGACGCUGGUCAGCAGCGUGGACGUGGAGUCCGUCUGGACGGGAACGCCGUCGCUGAGCGGAGAGAGCGGGAGAGGCGGGACCUGGCGGACGGGUAGCCGUGACAACGGCAGGGCCCUGCCGUUCAGUUCUCACUAUGAGGGUGUGAAAUCCAGAACCGCUGCGGGUGGGAAACCAGCCGCGGGUCAGCACCGGACCGCAGCCCCGGGUCAGAACCGGACGGUUCAGGUCCGCAUUCCCAGCGCACUGAGCCAGCACUCGGACCACAGCGACGGAGGGGGGCCUGCGAGCGACGCCAGCGACCCCUGGCCCCCCCAGCGGAAUAACCCGGGAUUCCAGAGCGGGAGCGCCGGGAGCAGCCCCUUCAGCAGUCCCGCCCCGCUCCGCUCGGAAUCCUGCCGGGGUUCCCCGGAUCGCGGCGAGUACCUGGACGACUUCACCAGCCUGGAGCCCACGGAGGGCUUCUCCCCCGACCCCCCCGAGAGCCCGGAGCCAGCCGGGAGGGGCCUCAGAAAACAGGCCUCGCACUCCGACAGCGAUUCCCAGGAACGCCGCAGACCCCAGACCUCACGCUCCAACAGCGAUUCCCAGGAACGCUGCAGACCCCAGACCUCACGCUCCGACAGCGAUUCCCAGGAACGCCGCAGACCCCAGACCUCACGCUCCGACAGCGAUUCCCAGGAACGCCGCAGACCCUCACGCUCCGACAGCGAUUCCCAGGAACGCCGCAGACCCCAGACCUCGUGCUCCGACAGCGAUUCCCAGGAGAGCCGCAGGCCGGCCGUCUCUUUCCCGGUGAAGUCCGACGGCUCUCCGCAGCGCUCCCUGAAGGGCACGCACGUCAUCCGGCCUCGCACCGGAGCCUCGGCCAUCAGCCUGUCCUCGGGAGACAGCGAGCUCGCUCCCGGCAUUCCCGCCCGGCAUCGCGGCUCCGGAGCCUCCAGGGGCCCGUCUCUCUGGGAAGAGUCCGGAGGGUCUGGAGCCCGGCUGCCCCAGCGCUCUGAGACCAGCCCUUCACCCCGAGCCUCUUCGGAGUCUGAGCCUGGGUCUAUCGUCCUCUCCCCUCCGGCGGGCAGGGGCAGGGACAGGGCCGGGGACGGAGAAACGCUGGACGAACUGGGCUCCUUAGGGUUCAGCAAUAAAUGCCAUCACAUCUCAGAGCUGGUGCUCAGCAAGCUCCCAGGUGUAGGGAAGACCACCCUGGUGCGGAAAGCGUGUGAGACGCUGGCGGGGUCCGGCGAGAUCCUGGACGGGUUCUACACGGAGGAGGUCCGGGAGCGUGGGAGGAGAGUCGGAUUCGAUGUGGUGACCCUGUCAGGCAAUAGGGGCCGUCUGUCAAGAGUUGGUGACUCCUCCACGCACUCGGCUGGGCGUCAGUACAGGGUGGGGCAGUAUGCGGUCGAUCUGCUGUCUUUCGAAAACCUGGUGCUCCCUCUGUUCAGAAAUGUUGGCGUGGCAGCAGUGAGCGGGGGGAAGAGGUCAGUGCUUGUGGUCGAUGAGAUCGGGAAGAUGGAGCUGUUCAGCCAGCAGUUUGUGCGGGCAGUGAAGCAGGCUCUGGAGGGCAAUGGCUGCUCCAUCCUGGGGACCAUCCCCAUCCCUAGGGGCAAGCUUAUGGCAGUCGUGGAGGAGGUGCGCAGCAGCAGUGAUGUGAAAGUCUUCACCGUCACCAAGGACAACAGAGACGUUAUUCUCCCGUGCGUUGUAGCCGCGGUGCAGGAGUGUUUGAAAGCAGGAGCGCCGUAAAGCAGGAGGAAUGGGCUCUGGGUGUGUGGCAGUGCAGUCAGACAGUGGCCCUGGUUAAAGACUGAACAUAUUCCUGUUUAAAGGCCCAGCAGGGGGCAGCAUUGAGCACAGUGCUGGGCGCAGACGGUCGUGUCAAAAGGGUAAACUUCUUGUGCCUGUGUGUUUGCUAAUUCAUCAGGAGGAAAACAUUUUUUUAUUUUUUUUUAUUUUUUAAAGAGAGCAGCCUAUUCUGAUAUUUUGAUAAAGGCAGCUCUGGCUCCCAACAGAUUUGGUGGUGUGGUUAGUGUGAUUGUCUCUCAUGUGGGAGACCGGGGUUCAAGACUCACCCAUUCCUUUUUUCCCCUCUUUGUUUCGCUCACUCAAAAAUAGAAAAGAAAAUGAAGAAAGAUAACAAAUUAUAAUUUUCAACUCAGUCCAGGGGGUUCGGGGAAAGGCGAUCUUAACUGAAAUGUGUCCAUUGGAGCAACUAUCAGUUUCGAGGGUAGAACUUAAUGAAUUUGGUAGUAACAUCAAGAAAAACAUGGCCGUCUGCCCUCAGGCUGCUGUUGAGGGCAAAAAAACACCAUUGAGCAAGAAACACAGGGCAGGAGGGUAGCACAGUCUGUUCAGCGCUGUGUUUAAAAGCCCAAACAACACCGACCAGCCUUGCCUAUGUAGGCUUGUCUUAUUGCAUCAAUCAUCAUAAAUGACUUUGGAAACCUAAACGGCAGGUUAUAUUUUGCAGAUUCUAAUUUCUUAUUCAGCACUGUAACUUAUAGCAGUGGUACAAAAUGUAAAAAAAGAUUAUUUGAGCUCUCUUACUCUUUCGCAACAGGAAAGAUUGUCUCUAUUUUUGCUGUAUAUUUUAUUGUAGAAAACAAUUCCUUUUGUGAAUGUGUAUUAUUAUUUAUUAUGGGAAUAAAAGUCACAGAAAAUGUAUUGGCUGUGUAAGUUUGUAAUGGGCCUGUUGAAAGGGCACUUGGU